AUGCCAUCAUCCACCCUCGUGCGCAGGAAUGGGUGGCCAAGGCACACGUACCUCGCCCGAGUCGAGGAGCUCAGCGUCAUGCCAUAUCACGCCACACCGCCAGAGCCGGGGCCAGAGCCAGCGCAGGCGGCCGCCCCAACAAGUAGGACGUGGAAGACGGCCACAGAUAGGAGAAACACGGGUGCGCGGAUGUUCCACGGCGAGAGCUACACCAAGAAGCGGCACGAGAAGCUGCAUAGGAAGCUGCACCAAGACAGACACCUCAGACACCCAGCACUGGUGCCCACGCAGCCCCUUGGCCCUAGUUCCGUGUACGGUCUGGCCAUGCUAAGAUCGGCACUGGGCCCGGUGUGUCUGGCCUGCCGCAUCUCGGGUAAUGCCUUUGCUGUCGGGGCGGCGUCAAGGUCUCUACCUCAGGGACCCCGUGCUCCUGCCCCGGCUCUGGCAACGGCUUCACGGGCCUUCUCGACUAGCCAUGCAUACGCCAGUCCGCUGCGUCCACAGAAACGCACGCCGUCUCGCAUGGUCCUGUCUGACAAGGUCGCUCAUGGCGCCGAGCGCAGUAGCUCAAGGCCGAGACGGACCGAGGGUCCGUUCGGCGGCAUGAACCGCAGGGUCGCCAACAUAGACCCGGACGCAAGGUCGUCGGGCUCUAGAGGCCCGCCACGGGACUCGUCGGACCGCAAAAGCCCGCGGAGGGGACCGCCUGGCCGCGACGGCCGCGGGUUCAAGGCGCUCAAGAUGCAGCAGAGCCUUGCAACAGUGAGCUACGGCGCGCGGGCCAGGAUCAAGUCUCAGGCAAGCGAAUUUGAAUCGUUCGACCAGUUCAAUCUUCUACCGUCCAUCAAGGAGGCAGUCUACGAUGAAGCCCUGAAAGGCAUGACCGGCGUCAGGCCCACCCCUGUCCAGCGUCUUGCCAUCCCGGCACUCCUGGGCCAGACCAUCGGGCGAUCCAGGAAGCCCAAGGCUGCUGCCGAUGGUGACGAAGAACCUGGCCGAGAAGAGUUUCUGCUUGCGGCCGAGACGGGCUCUGGAAAGACACUAGCCUAUCUUGUACCAGCCCUCAAUGCACUCAAGCUCUCCGAGGCCCAGGACCCAGAAAUCAUGGCGUACAACCAACGCCAGGCCGUAGAGCGGGAGCGGCGUGCCAAGGAGGAAGAAAAGGGCCAUGCCUCCGGGCAGCGCAAGCCCAAGCGCGCCACGGAGCCGCACCCCACGAUGGCGAGGCCGCGUGUUGUGGUGUUGGUGCCAACCGCCGAACUGGUGGACCAGGUCGGCAAGGUGGCAAAGUCGCUCUCGCACAAGAUCAAGGCGCGCACGCGGCUCGUGUCGGCCAACUACUCGGCCACCGUGCUCGAGGCCGACGUCUUCUCGCCAGCGGGCAUCGACGUGCUGAUUGCUACGCCGCACCUGCUCUCGUCCAUCGCGGCGACGAACCCAAACAUACUCUCGCGCGUGACGGACCUCAUCGUCGACGAGGCCGAUUCGCUGCUCGACCGCAGCUUCUCCGAGGUUACCGAGAGCAUACUCGAGCGCGCCAUGCCCUCGGUCCGCCGCCUCGUCAUGUGUUCGGCCACGAUCCCGCGCCACCUGGACCGCUACCUUGACAUGCGCUACCCCAAAAUGCGCCGCAUCACGACUCCCAACCUGCACGCCAUCCCGCGCCGUGUGCAGCUCGGCGUCAUCGACGUGUCCCGCGACCCCUACAAGAACAACAAGAACCUGGCCUGCGCCGAGGCCAUCUGGUCCAUCGGAAGGGACGCUACCCGCCACGAGGGGCCCAUCAAGGGCCUCAUUGAGGUCAACCGCAUCAUGGUAUUUGUGAACGAGCGCGAGAAGACGCACGAACUGGCCGAGUACCUCGUCAGCAAGGGCAUCGACGCCGUCGCCCUGCACCGCGACACCGAGGAGGAGCGGCAGUCCGAGAUGCUCGCCUCCUUCACGAGCAGCCACCCCCUCACCAUCACCGAUGCCGCCGACGACGCCGCCGCCGCCGCCGCCGCCGCGACAGCCGGUAGGAAGAAGGCCCGCGGUAGCCAAGCGAAUCCGGCGCCGACGCCGACGCCGACAAAGGGCCGGAAGCUCCUCAACACCAAGGUCAUCGUGGCGACGGACCUGGCGUCGCGCGGAAUAGACACCCUGGCCGUGCGCCACGUCGUGCUCUACGACGUGCCGCACACCACCAUCGACUUUAUACACAGGCUCGGGCGGGCCGGUCGCAUGGGCCGCCGCGGGCGCGGCAUCGUGCUGGUCGGCAAGGACGACCGCAAGGACAUUGUCGCCGAGGUUAAGGAGAGCAUGUUCAUGGGCCAGGCUCUUGUAUGAUCUCCGGGUACUCUCUUUGUUCUCUGCUGUAGCAUACUGUACGAUUUUUUAGCAUCCGAGAUA